AUGGAUUCUCUUCGGGACAUCGUCUUGCAAGAGCUCAAGUCCUUACGCCCUUCAUUCCUCUCAAAAAACCCACACUUCAAUUUCAUAUCCGUCCAUUAUUUUUGGAUUGUCGGCCUCACAGUGAUCGGGUCUAUAUUAUUAUACGGGCCUGGGCGUGGCAAGCUGAAAUACAUUGAUGCUCUGACAUUUGCUGCUGGUGGAAGCACACAGGCAGGCCUGAACACAGUCGACGUCAAUACGCUAGACACGUUUCAACAGGUGGUUUUAUACGUGAUAUGUUCGUUGGCGAAUCCGAUUACAAUCAACUCGUUCGUCGUCUUCCUUCGCCUCUACUGGUUUGAGAAACGCUUUCAGCACAUCGUCCACGAUACACGCUUGCGCCGAGGAACAAUUUCCAAGUCCAAGGCCAAGGCCGUGGAUGAUCUUUAUCUUGCCGAAAGAGGCGUCAACGGAAGACACAUCACUGUGCUGCACAACGACCUGAAUUCAAGGAUCGCAAACGACGGUGCUUUUCUAAGUCCAGUACCGUCGGUGAAUACGGAAGAGAAUGCGGCAAGACUGGCCGAGAAUGGCGGAGCCGAAGAUGACGGGAACCAUCCUCACCACCGACCCCGGUCGGACGAUGCACACGCUAGGAUGUCGAUCACCGAACAAUUUGAACUGCGCAGACCGGAGAUCAAGUUCGCCACCACAGUUAAGCGAAGUGACGGCCUUGGCGACCAGGAUGUCAAAGUAUCCCAGCGAGUGUCGGACGAAGAGCAUAUUGCCAUCUUGGAACGCCAGCGGAACCUUGAAGACGACGAAGUGCUCUGUAUUCCUGGACCUCGGGAUGCUGAGAGAGGAGUACUUCCAAGCCGAGUUGUGCGCCGCAACUCCAACGAAAGAGACGAAACAAAUCCUCACGGUGGCUCUGCAACCCGGGAACACUCACCCAACUCUGUCCGGUCGUCGCCUUUGCCAGAGACAGUAGUCAAUCCGUCAGUCAGCACAGCCGGCGAGGACCAUGCGACGGAAGUUGCAGUUUCUGACGGAACGGGUGGAGGGCACCCAAUAAUGAAGCCGGCCAUCACGAUCCAGGAGCCCGAGAAACCGCCACUACGAGAUGACUUUACGGAGGAUGCUCGUGCCUUUGUGAACGUCUUCACAUCGUUCCGUGCACGGGUCAACCCAUUCGUCAAGAAGAAAAAGGGUGCUGGCAAGGACAAAAACCACAAUGCGUUCCCUUUCAGGUUCACGCGGCGUCCGACCCUCCAUUCCCUACGGCAGGCACUCACGAGAGAUAAGGACGAGGACACGGCCCCUUACCUCAGCUGGCAGCCGACGGUGGGACGCAACUCUGCUUUCAUUGGAAUGAGCGACGAGCAGCGGGAAGAGCUGGGUGGCAUUGAAUACCGAUCAUUGAAGACGCUUGCCCUUGUGCUGUUUGUGUACUUUUGGGGCUUCUGGUUACUUGGCACAGUCUGUCUGAUACCGUGGAUCAUGCUGAGCAAGAGGUACGGCGCUGUUGUGGAUGCGGCUGAUCAGGGUCGUGUAUGGUGGGGAUUCUUCACGGCGCAAUCGUCGUUUAUGGAUCUUGGUUUCACCCUGACGCCGGACAGCAUGAACUCGUUUAACACAGCCGUGUUCCCGCUGCUUCUGAUGAGUUUUUUGAUUGUCAUUGGCAACACCGGCUUCCCUGUCAUGCUCCGGCUUAUGAUUUGGGUCGGUUCGAUACUCGUGCCUCGUGGCAGCGGCUUGUACGAGGAGCUCACAUUUUUGCUUGAUCAUCCGCGCCGCUGUUUCACCUUGCUGUUUCCAUCAGGCGCCACGUGGUGGCUGUUUUGGCUGCUUGUUAUUCUCAACGGCAUAGACCUCCUGUUUUACUGUGUUCUCGAUCUCGGAUCCGGACCGAUCGCCGAAAUGUCAGCAGGGUCUCGUGUCCUGGACGGUCUGUUUCAGGCCUUUUCGACACGCACCGCUGGCUUCUCCUGUGUGAACCUUGCGACCCUGCACCCUGCCGUUCAGGCGUCGUACAUGAUCAUGAUGUACAUCUCGGUGUUCCCCAUUGCAAUUUCGGUUCGGCGAACGAACGUGUACGAGGAGAAUUCGUUGGGAAUCUAUGUGGAAAGCGACGAGCUGGACGAAUCGGCCAAUGGGAACGACCUGGAGUUUGUUGGUGCUCAUUUGCGGCGCCAGCUGUCUUUCGACUUGUGGUUUCUGUCUGUGGGUUUCUUCAUCUUGACCAUCUCAGAAGGCACGCGACUACAAAAGAACGACUUUUCGAUGUUUGCCAUUCUAUUCGAGGUGAUCAGUGCGUACGGCACAGUCGGGCUCAGUCUUGGCUAUCCGACGGUCAACGCGUCGCUGUGCUCACAGUUCAGUGUCAUUGGCAAGCUGGUGAUCAUUGCGAUGAUGAUCCGUGGACGGCACCGCGGCUUGCCAUACGGUCUCGACCGAGCGAUUCUCUUGCCCAGCGAGUCGCUAAACCAGAAGGAAGAUGCGUUGACGGAUGGCCGAAACGCCCCAUGCGUCAUGACAGCAGCUGGACGUCGCGGAUCUGUGACGUCGAUGGGAACGCAGGCGGCCACACUCCGAGUGACGACCAGCAACCGAGACCGCGGACGCAGUCGGAGCCGAGACCACGGCAAUGGCCAUAUUUUUGCGCAGUUCCUGCAUCCUGGGCCGCCUAUCAAACACGGCCCGGUAGUCCGGCCGCAUUCUCGUCGGUCGUUCAGCGAUUCUGCGAUGGAGGAGAGCACGGCACAGACGACAGGGAUUGAAGUGCCAGGCCAAGACGGAAGAGCCCAGCCAUGA